CGUGACUGUCAGCAAGUAACGUCGGACGUGCAGCGAGCGACGCAGACAUCGGCCAGUGCACUCGCUGCUGGAAGCCCGAGACUUUGGAAGAGGCAGGACGGGGGAUGACAAGCGACAAACCCCGUAGGACGAGAAAAUGCGGAAAUAAGUCGUUGUCUCUUUGGAUCGUGACAGUCUUCCUUUUUAGCCAUUUUGUAGCAUUAGAACAACUUACUGCACGUUUUUUUGUCUGAUUUAUUUUCCCGUAUUUUAAGCCACCGUCGCUAGCUAGCUUAGCAGCCGAGCGAAGCUGUCAGGCAUACAGGUACUGCCGGAGAAGCGGACGAGGGCUCGGUGACAAAAGGAAGGUGGCGAGGUAACGAUGAACCGCUUUCGAAAGUGGCUCUACAAGCCCAAGAGGACGGACCCGCAGCUUCUGGCCCAGUUCUAUUACGCGGAUGAUGAGCUGAACCAGGUGGCUGCUGAACUGGACAGCCUCGAUGGAAGGAAGGACCCCCAAAGAUGUACGCUGCUCGUCAACCAGUUCCGCUCCUGCCAGGACAAUGUGCUGAACAUCAUCAAUCAGAUUAUGGAAGAAUGUAUUCCCUGUGACCGAGCCAACAGAGACUUCAGUGUCAAGUUCCCCGAGGAGAUUCGUCAUGACAACUUGGCGGGGCAGCUCUGGUUUGGAGCAGAGUGUUUAGCUGCAGGUUCCAUCAUCAUGAACAGGGAGAUAGAAAGUAUCGCAAUGAGACCCUUGGCAAAGGACCUAACUCGAAGCCUGGAGGAGGUCCGCAACAUCACCCGAGACCAAGCCCUGCGAGACCUCAAUUUCUACACGGACCGCAUGAAGGAUGCACUGCGACAUUUCGACAGCCUUUUUGCUGAGUUUGAACUCAGCUAUGUGUCAGCCAUGGUGCCUGUCAAGUCUCCCAAAGAAUACUACGUCCAGCAGGAGGUGAUUGUUCUCUUCUGUGAGACGGUGGAAAGGGCGCUCAGUUUGGGCUACCUCACUCAAGACAUGAUUGAUGACUAUGAGCCUGCGUUGAUGUUUACAAUUCCCAGACUAGCCAUUGUAUGUGGGUUGGUCGUGUACUCAGAGGGACCUCUCGACCUUGACCGAAAAGCAGAGGACAUGUCUGAGCUCUUUCGCCCUUUUCGUACUUUGCUGAAGAAAAUCAGAGACCUGCUGCAGACUCUGACGGAGGAAGAGUUACUGAUGCUGGAGAGGAACCUCUGUAUCUCUCAGGAUGGCGAGUUAGCCACAGGCCAGGAGGAGGCCACAAGCAAGACACCAGCACCUAAACCGGAGAACCAGUCCUCCUCCAGCCCUGCUAAUGUCACCUCCGACGCGGCUGGUGAUGAGGAGCAAAAGCAUUUGUCUCUGUUUGUUUGUCCCAGCCAUGAGGAGGAGUUGGCAGAAGUGGAAAAAGGCUGGGAGGAGGUGGAAUCCGAGAAAGGGGAGCAGGCUGAAGACUUGCAGUGUGAGGAAGCAGAAGAGGCUGAACUUGCUUGUUCCAUGCAAUAUGAUGAGGAAGAACUGGAGCAGCUCAACAUGAUGGUGUACCGAGUCGGAGACGAGAUGUCAACUCUGCUGUCACCUCCGAGCCAGGGCCAGUCCCCGGCUCGCCGUCCCAAUAAAGGCGAGGUGGGAGGAGCCAGCGGGCCUUCCAGCACUGAGGUCUCCCCUCUCAGGUUACAGAGGGGCAGAGGAAAAACAGGUAUCUAUUUAGAAGAAGAAGACCGAGUCUUCUUCAUGGAAGAUCUGGACCCAUCAGGAGACGGCGUUCCCAGCAUCUCAAGAGAAGUCCGUAGUUGUGUCGCCUCGCCUUCUAAAACCCCCAAAUCCGCUCAUCCGUUGCAACGUAGUCCGGGCGUGCGGUCGGACGCCGUUUGCAACGGUUGGCUCCCGGAAGGACCUUCAGAGCAGCCGUGUCUUCAACCACGCACUAAGUGUCUCAAUGCAAUGCGCGCCGCAUCGCGCACAUCUGCUCCCAGCUCCGAAGCGCUGCCUUACACCAACGGCUGGGAGAUGGGCUUAGAGGGCACCGUGAAUGAAACCGCAGAGGUCAUUGCCCAUCGUAUGGGCGGCAUGAAACUCUCGGCCACGGUCAUCUUCAACCCUCGCUCCCCCAGCUUGACGGAGCUGGCGGUGGACAAGAUGCUGCGGCCCUCUCCCUCCGAGAUUGAACCUUGUGGUCCGCUGGUGGCCACUCACUGCUUGCUUAACUCUUGCGUCUGCUGCGGGAGCUGUGAGGACGCCCGCGAGGACGCCAUCACCUCUGAGACCGCAGGCCUCGGCCUAGGCCUCACUCUAAGAACAGAUAAGCACUGUAAAACCACAACCCCCGGCGCUGUCAUCCAGUCCUCGGCUUGCCGGCUGCCCCCGCGAAGCCGCGAUUGCUUCGGCAGAAGAGAACUUUGCCAGCUGUCUCACACUUCAGCUCGCUGCUUGAACCAACCCCUGGAAGAGGAAGGGAGAGCUGAAUUAUGCGAGAAGAACCUGGUCGUCGAGCCACUACCGGGACAUCACACUCAGAACUGUGGCAACGACAUUGUGGAUGAGCCUUCGACAUGCGACUCGCAGGAGACGACUGAAACGAGGCAACACCCAACUGGAGGUCCGUUGAGGGACAAGGACGAGCAAGGAAUGAAGGAAUCCAAGAGGGAGAGCAAAGAGGAGAACUGGAAGGGCUCCAGUCUUCAAAACUCCCCCGUCAGCUCUGUGUCAGGUAGUGACUGUGAGAGUGUGUCGGUCACCACAUGUAGUCUAUCCAGCAGUGUUUACACUCCCAGUCCCGUCAGCAGCCUUACUCCCAGCUCAGGCACGUCCGAGGACCUGGACCAUGAGGAUAUCCGGCUGGCUCUACAAGAUGCCAAGAUAGCUGCCCGAAAUAAAAUUCGCUCACGCUUCCACAGUAGCAGCGACCUCAUUCACCGGCUCUUUGUCUGCAUAUCGGGUGUUGCUGAUCAGCUGCAGACAAACUACGCCAGUGACCUUCGCAGCAUUCUCAAGACACUAUUUGAGGUUAUGGCAACAAACUUUGAGCAGGGAGACAACGAGCAAAAGAAAGCAGGCCCUGUUCUACGAAGUGCAGUGCUCGAGGACUGCGCUCUCUGUCAGGAGACCAUUUCCUCAUCAGAAUUGGCAGCCAAGGCCCGUGAGGGACAGUUUGAAGAUCCUCCUGACUGGGUUCCAGAUGAAGUAUGCAGCUCCUGUAUCGCGUGCAAGGCUCCUUUCACCGUCAUCCGCAGGAAACAUCACUGUCGAAGCUGUGGAAAGAUCUUCUGCUCUCGCUGCUCCUCCCACUCGGCUCCGUUGCCUCGAUACGGCCAGAUGAAGCCCGUGAGGGUGUGCACGCACUGCUAUAUGUUUCACGUCACGCCUUUCUACAGCGACAAGGCCAACAUUUGAAACACGGCGAGAGCAACGACUAUGCGACGAUGCCUUCACAGUCGACGUACGUGCUCGGGAAGUGAGAAGGCGGGGAAGAAACCCAGGGAAGGUCUCGCCUGUUUCCGCUGUUGUUUGCUGGAAGGGGAAACAAAUGCAGGCGCUAUUCACACAUGUGAAGGUGUAAAAGCGGGAGGGCGAUGAGGCAACCGCAGACUUUGAACUGGUAUUGCGCAGCACAACAUGAAAACAGGCCAUUUUAGGAGUUUUAUUGCUUCUCAUGUACAAAUGAAUGAACUUCCUAUUCUACAGCGAGCUUCCAACAUUUGUGCCAGAGCUCCCACGGGACUCGGAUUAGUCAAAGAAUGUAAGUCAUGAUAAGUAUGUAAAUAAGGAUCAUUCUGGUCAUAACCAUACCACAAUGUCGGCUGUUGCUACUCACACGGAAACUGGUCAGAAAUCCUCCUCACGCUUCCAGUCGCAUUUACACAAUAGUGCUAAGAGCUAGCUAGCUUUUGUAUUGGAAUUUUGGCACGCUUUCGAUGGCAGUGAAUGUUCACGGGGACGAAACUUUAUGGGCUGUGCCCAUUGUGCACUUUGGGUGCUUCUCUGCUUAUUUAAUGGAUAAAAGGGAUCUCAUAGUUAUCACCAUCUAGUCUGGAACGCCCUCUAGUGGAGAGUUGACCUCUUCAAUUUUUAAGCACGAUCGGGAAGCCUUCUUGCAGACUGCAAGGUUACUCGUUGCUUUUUUUUCCCUCAUUCUAGUGCAAUAUUUUGACUACUGUAACCAAACAAGCCAUUUUAUUAGCUAAAUGAUUUACAUGUAGAUGCUAGCUUGAGGUACGUCACACUCGACACACGCCCGUCUCAUUUGCAUACCAAGUGCUCUCUGCUAAAUAUUCCUGCUUCUUUUGGCAGUGAAAAGUAAUCUUCCUUUCUGUUAUAGAAUAUCGGGUAUAUGAGAGUGGGCAUUGUGUCAUUUUGCUGUAACUCAAAGCAGCUUCUCAGGCAUUUCAUAAUCAGGAACACACUACUGUUGGAGCCGUCGUAUUGCCCUUAAAAUUUAACCUCACUUCGGAAGGGUUCUGCUUUUUCUUUUAUAAAGAAUAAAAAACGGCAUAUGGAGAGCUAUAUCAAUUGUAUGUAUAUAAACAGGGAAUCAUGCAGUAAUUUAAAGGCGGAAUAUUCUAUGAUUUCAGAGCUUGGUCUUAUUUUGUAAUAUUACACCACAUUUCCUUGAUGGGUGUAGUGUUCAUUUUUUUUAAAACAAUAGUUUUAAAUGCAAUGUAAACUGAAAUAAAUGUUUUUUUCAGUUUAAAUCUU